AUGGAUACGGAAGCGAUGUACCAGAGCCCACCGGCGGCGAGUGCGUUCCCGACACCUUCUACCACCCCUCAGAGGCCGCCGCCCUCCAUACAUACCCGCGGCGAUUCAUCGCCUGGCCCGUUGACGUCACCCAUCUCCCUCCCACACCAUAAUUUUUCCCCGGAUGGACGCAGUGACUUUUCAGAUAGCGCAAACGAGGAUACCUUGUCGCCGUUUGAUCCGAGGCGGUUUACCCCAACCCUGCAUGCCUCUCUCGUUUCUGAAAUCUUGUCCCUCAGGCGAGAUGUGGAGAGCAAGGCCAAGACUAUUGAUGUCUUGGAACGAAGUCUCGACGAUUCGCGGAAUGAGAACGAAGAUCUCGCCCAGCGUUUGUCAAAACAUACGAAAGAGUCUCGAUCAUUGAAACACCAUCUCCAGCUGCUGGAAGGCGGAACCUCGUCGGCUCUCACCGAACUGGCUAAAGAGCGAGACGCGGCGCUGGAGAGCAUAUCUGAUGUCCGCAAGAAACUUGAACAAGUCCAGAAAAAGGCCCGCAGUCAAGAGGAAGACCUAGAAAGAACAGCCAAUCUAUGGGCACGUGAUAAGGAGGCCUGGGAUGGCGAACGCAGAAAUCUGGAACGAAAAGUCCAUGUGGUGGAAGGCCGUCUCAAAGUGGUGUUGAACGAAGUAGCAGCCGCCCAAGCGGCUGGCGCAUUCGGUCCUACCGCAAAUGAGAAUAAUGCACCGGACGACAAAAUGAAAGAAGCGUUCCCAAGCAAAGAAAGUGACUCGGCAAGCGUUCAUUCUAGUAGUCCGGGACCACGGCGCACCAGUAUUACGAGCUUGAGUAGCCAAGAUGGCGACGAUGGGGGCUUUCAUAAUGGCCGUUACUCUGUCAUGAGCAUUGCGAAUAUGCCUGGUGUGAAAGGGGAUGGCCUCAACCUUGCACAAGAGCUGGCAUUCGACGAGGAAGACGAGUUUGGCUCUCUGGACGAUGAUGAUAUGACCCCUCAGUCCCCAGAAGCACUCCCUGAAGAGCGCCCAGCUUCGGUUCAAUCCCAGCUCUCUCAUCCACUCGGGAUGGACGCCAAGGCCAGGAAAAUCUUAGGUCUUUCGUUUGGUAGUAUCGAUAGCUACGGCAUGCGGGCUGAAGACGCUGCGGAAUUGAGAGCUUCCUUUAAACCUGACCCCAUCUCCGUCACCUAUCAGGACAAUGGGGUUCAGUACUCCCCGCCACCAUCACCCACACUCGCCGCGGAUGCGGAAAGUCUGCCCGAGGAGAGGUCAGAGAGACAUGGAGAUGUCCCGAAACUGCACCUAUACCAGACGCAAGACAGCAGUACGUCAACUCUGGCUACCGAUAUGGUCUCGUCGUCCUGUCAGACAAUUGGCGAACUUCCCACUCCCCCAUGGACUCCAAUGGUCGAGACAUCGCCUCUACCACCGCCACCACCAGUCAUUGAGCGCGCUCCCAUGGUUUCGGUCUCAAUUCAGACUGACCAACCCCCGACGCGUGAGAAGGUUGAAUCCAACCCCACGGGGAACGCGCAGCGACUGACUAUCGAGGUCCCGAUGAUUGCGAUCCAUCCGCCUCUCUCCGAACCUUCUUCCCCACGAGGCAGUGUGGUUCUGCCACCACAAACCAAAAGCAUUUCAUGCCAGGCCAACUUCGAGCCUGUGAUCGAUACCCGAACGGUCGGGAUCCAGACUGAGGAGAUGCAAAUUGACCAGCGACCUGUCAAACUUACGGCAAGUUUGCUCCCUUCUGCUAUUCCGGACCUCCCUCCCAGCCCGAAGUCACAGGUGCACCACCACAUCCAGCCAUACCAGGCUCCUCCUCCGAGGAUGAGUAAGGCCGAACGAAAGCCAUCGUCGCGCCUGGUGGUUGAUACCCCAACAGACGAUGGAGAGGCCCGCAGCAAGCCCGUGGGCCAUAUCCAAGCCUAUCCGGGCAACAAUGACAACGGGCCCUUGUCAGAAUACUCGAGGUCGGAUUUGAGACGUCCUUUCCGAUCCAGUAGUCUUUUUGCUGGGUUCGACCAGGCCAGUGACGAUGAGCUGCCUGAGAUGCCGAAAGAUAUAUUUACGGAUGAUGAGCUGAUGAGCCGCCCGUUUGCUUCGUAUAUACUGCGCAGAGGCAGAUUAGUAUCAGCACAGGAGCGCAGCAGCUUGGAUGAGACACCGCUGCCCGAAGUAGAUGAGCAUCUCGACUCCGAGGCUCACUUUUUCGAGGGAGGUAUGGGUGGUACUACAUCCAAGGACCUGCCAGGUGCUUCUUGGGGUCCACGCGCGGGGCUAUCUGGCACCCGCCAGCAGGACAUGCGCAAGGCAGCUAUGAUCUCCAGCGGCGCAAUUACGCACCAAAGGGCCCGAGCCCGUAGCCCCAGCGAGCCUAGCAUCGACAGCGGUACUGGUAGCGGCUCGUCGAUCGUUUGCCCUCCAUUCCCCGUUCCGAUCCGCUUCAGCUCGAGGAAAUUCCCGCAAACUGGGAGCGAUGGACGACAAAGCCCCACGCCAUCGAAUCCUCGUCACUUUUCAGACCGUCCACGCCCAACUAUCAUCCGACGGCCGACUCUGCGGCGCGUGCGCUCUGCCGCUGCAAUGUCCCAAGCUGAGACCGAGCAGACUGGAACCCGAUCCUCUCCCGCGAUGUCUAUUUCCUCCUAUGCUCCAGAUAGUCCCCGGCACCCUCCCUUGCCCUAUGAUGAUAUCACAAUGCCCAGGGAUAAGCGAGUCUCGCAGCGACGCUCGGCCCAUCGACCUACCGCGUCGCGGGCUUUUGCUAAUGAGCGACGCGACUCUACGGCAACAUCUGUCCAACCGACCAGUGUGGUUGACGCGAUUGCUCAAACCAUGGUUGGAGAGUGGAUGUUCAAGUACGUCCGUCGCAGGAGGUCGUUUGGCGGAGUGGGCGAGCCCAAGGACAACUGGGAAGGCCGCAACGCCGAAGAGGUGUCUGCUAGCAUCACCAACAGCGGCGCGCGGCAUAAACGAUGGGUCUGGCUGGCGCCGUAUGAACGAGCCGUUAUGUGGAGCAGCAAGCAACCGACCAGCGGGCCUGCGCUGCUCGGCAAGAGUGGUCGGAAACUGAUAAUUCAAUCCGUGCUGGACGUCAAAGACGACAACCCUCUACCAAAGGGCUUUGGUCCUAACCAGUUCAACCGGUCUAUUCUGAUCCUGACACCGCAACGGGCGCUCAAAUUCACCGCGGCCAGCAUCGAACGACACUACGUCUGGCUGACAGCCCUCUCGUUCCUGAGCCACUCCGCCGUUGGUCUCCAGGACCUCGCGGCUCUACCACCAGUACCGCAGGAGGAGUACGUCCGUCCUGCACCCACCGCAUCUCUGCGGCGCAACCCGAUCCGCGACUCGAUCCGCCUCGCCAAGGGACGUCCUCGCCCCACCCCCAAGGGAAAGCGAUCCUUCCCCGGCCACCCAGCCCCGGUUCCCGAACUCCCCGCCAACCUCGACGCUGCUGCUUCUCUGACGCCCGACGCAGCCGACCCCCCCACCGUGCCCCGGUUCGCGACCCACUCGCGCAAACGCAGCAACACCGCGCCGCGCAUGCCCAUCCCCACGAUCCGCAGUUUCUCCAGCCAAAACACAAUGCCGUCGAUCCCCUCGCGGCGCAGCUCUCCCGACGCGCCCGGUCCGGUGUCGUCGUCGUCGUCGUCGUCGCAGCAGCAGCAGCAGCAGCAGCAGCACGCCCCCGGCUUCAACAGCGUCCGCAGUAGCUUCAGCCGCCGCACCUCCGAGAACAGCGUGCGCACCAGCAACUUCUUCGACGCGAUCGGCACCGUGCGCAUGGAAGCCUUCAUCGACCAGGCUGAGUCCAACCGGCACCGCGCGACCGCCAGCCGCUCGCGACAUGCGCGCAAGGCGUCGAGUCCGUGGAGUGUGAACCAGGGGUCCUCGGAGCUUGAUUUCCUCCCCUACGAGGAACCAGAGAACUACCGUAAUGAUGAUCCGUUCGGGGGGUUCUAA